UUCUACUUGAAGCCUGUGAAAGUACUAAUCAUAAUACAAACACCAUCUGUGUGUUUCUUUCUAUUUGCUAUCUCUCUUCUCUUUAUUUUCCUCAUCAAGAAAUUAUUUUAAUUUCCAGAUUCUCAUAUACAAAGAAGCAAUUUAUGAGAUACUUUUCUUCCAGCUUCUCUAAUCUCUAUUAGUGCAAAAGGAACAGCCAAAGCAGGAUACAGCUUUCCUCUUUGUUUCCAAUUCCAGGCAAAACCAGUGAGGAUUUUAUUUAUCGUCUGUAAGAUCAAUUGAUUUCUGUUGGAGCAUUUGAUUUUGUGUAAUACAAUGACUAGUCCAUUCAAAGGAUCGCCGUACGAACGGCGAUAUGAUCUAGAGGCUGGAGGAAGCCGGUCCACUGAAGACGACUCCUCUGGUCCGUUUGAUAUCUUUAGCACUAAAAACGCCUCUAUUGAACGUCUUCGCCGCUGGAGGCAAGCUGCACUUGUACUUAAUGCUUCUCGUCGAUUUCGAUAUACCUUGGAUUUGAAAAAAGAAGAAGAGAAGCAGCAAAUAUUGAGAAAGAUAAGAGCACAUGCACAAGUCAUACGAGCUGCAUAUCGUUUUAGAGCAGCUGGGGACCUACUAGUAAAUGGAAGUGGAACCACAGAAUCGCUUCCAACCCCUAAAGGUGAUUUUGGAAUUGAACAAGACCGACUUUCGACACUCACAAGGGAUCAUAAGCUUGAUGAACUAGAGCGAAUUGGGGGGGUAAAAGGGCUUUCUGAUCUCUUAAAAACAAAUACAGAGAAGGGAAUCCAUGGAGAUGAUGCUGAUUUACUGAAGCGCAAGAAUGCUUUUGGAUCGAACACAUAUCCUCAGAAAAAAGGAAGGAGUUUCUGGAUGUUCCUUUGGGAAGCAUGGCAAGAUCUUACAUUGAUCAUACUGAUGGUGGCUGCUGUGGCUUCUUUGGCACUGGGGAUAAAGACAGAGGGUAUCAAGGAGGGAUGGUAUGAUGGCGCAAGCAUUGCUUUUGCUGUUAUUCUUGUCAUCGUUGUGACUGCUGUAAGUGAUUACAGACAAUCCCUUCAGUUCCAAAAUUUGAAUGAGGAGAAGAGAAACAUACACAUGGAGGUUAUUAGAGGUGGUAAAAGAGUUGAUGUUUCAAUAUAUGACAUUGUUGUUGGAGAUGUUGUUCCUCUCAACAUUGGUGACCAGGUACCUGCUGAUGGAAUUUUAAUUACUGGUCACUCUCUUGCCAUUGAUGAAUCUAGCAUGACCGGAGAAAGCAAGAUUGUUCACAAGAAUUCCAAGGCACCAUUUCUAAUGUCUGGCUGCAAAGUGGCGGAUGGUAGUGGCACUAUGCUGGUGACAAGUGUUGGGCUUAACACUGAAUGGGGGUUGCUUAUGGCUAGUAUUUCUGAAGACACUGGUGAAGAAACACCGUUGCAGGUGCGCUUAAAUGGAGUUGCCACUUUUAUUGGUGUUGUUGGGCUGGCGGUAGCUCUUAUUGUCUUUAUUGUUCUUCUAGUUAGAUUCUUUACUGGCCACUCCAAGAAUCCAAAUGGAAGUCGUCAGUUUACAGCGGGUAAAACUAGUAUUGGUGAUGCAGUAGAUGGAGUCAUUAAAAUUCUUACUGUUGCGGUCACCAUUGUAGUUGUUGCUGUGCCUGAAGGGCUCCCAUUAGCUGUUACCUUAACUCUUGCCUACUCUAUGAGAAAAAUGAUGGCAGACAAGGCCUUGGUGCGUAGGCUUUCUGCCUGUGAAACCAUGGGUUCUGCUACAACUAUUUGCAGUGACAAGACUGGAACUUUAACACUGAAUCAGAUGACUGUUGUUGAAGCUUAUGUUGGUGGUAAAAAAAUUGAUUCUCCGGAAAGCAAGUCAGAGUUGUCUCCUAAACUCUCCUCUUUACUUAUUGAAGGCAUUGCGCAGAACACAAACGGCAGUGUUUUUAUUCCUGAGAAUGGAGGAGACCUAGAAGUUUCUGGAUCACCCACAGAAAAAGCUAUUCUUGUUUGGGGAGUGAAGCUGGGGAUGAAUUUUGAUGCUGUCCGAUCAGAAUCGGCUAUCAUUCAUGUUUUCCCUUUCAACUCGCAGAAAAAAAGAGGUGGUGUGGCAGUACAACGGCCUGAUUCUGAAGUGCAUAUUCACUGGAAGGGUGCUGCUGAAAUAGUCUUAGCUUCAUGUACAGCUUACAUUGAUGGAAAUGAUCAGAUCGUACCACUAACUGAUGAAAAGUCUUUAUUUUUCAAGAAAGCUAUUGAAGACAUGGCAGCUGGCAGUUUGCGCUGUAUUGCAAUUGCAUAUCGAUCUUAUGAGAUGGAUAAAGUUCCUACCAAUGAAGAAGCUCUGUCUCAAUGGGAAUUACCUGAGGAUGACCUUAUUUUGCUAGCUAUUAUUGGCUUAAAGGACCCAUGUCGACCAGGUGUAAAAGAAGCUGUGGAACUAUGCCAAAAUGCUGGUGUGACGGUGCGUAUGGUCACUGGCGAUAAUCUUCAAACUGCAAGAGCAAUUGCUUUAGAAUGUGGGAUAUUACGUUCAAAUGAGGCAAUGGAGCCUAUUGUUAUCGAAGGAAAAGUUUUUCGAGGCUUAUCAGACACAGAAAGGGAGGAAAGAGCUGAGCAGAUAUUGGUGAUGGGACGAUCUUCUCCAAAUGACAAGCUUCUGUUCGUGCAAGCAUUGAAAAAGAGGAGACAUGUUGUUGCUGUAACUGGAGAUGGUACAAAUGAUGCUCCUGCAUUGCAUGAGGCGGAUAUUGGCCUUUCAAUGGGUAUUCAAGGAACUGAAGUUGCUAAGGAGAGCUCAGAUAUAAUUAUCCUGGAUGAUAAUUUUGCUUCGGUUGUGAAGGUUGUGCGAUGGGGUAGAUCUGUAUAUGCGAAUAUUCAGAAAUUCAUCCAGUUUCAGCUUACGGUUAAUGUUGCAGCUCUCAUCAUAAAUGUUGUAGCUGCAGUUUCCUCUGGUGAUGUCCCAUUGAACGCUGUGCAGCUUCUCUGGGUUAACCUUAUCAUGGAUACUCUUGGAGCAUUGGCAUUGGCUACUGAGCCACCUACAGACCAUCUAAUGCAUAGACCACCAGUUGGUCGCAGGGAACCCCUGAUAACAAAUAUCAUGUGGAGGAACCUGCUGAUACAGGCAGCAUAUCAGGUGAGUGUGUUACUUGUCCUUAAUUUCCGAGGGAGGACUUUAUUAGGUUUGAAGGAUGACAACCUUGAGCAUGCAAACAAAGUGAAGAAUACCUUAAUAUUCAAUGCCUUUGUGCUCUGUCAAAUCUUCAAUGAAUUUAAUGCCCGUAAACCAGAUGAACUAAAUGUUUUCCAAGGAAUCACAAAAAACCGUCUUUUCAUGGGCAUAGUCGCUGUAACACUCGUGCUCCAGAUCAUUAUCAUUGAGUUUAUUGGCAAGUUCACUUCAACCGUCAAGCUUAAUUGGAAACAGUGGUUGGUUUCUGUUGCCAUUGCUAUUAUCAGUUGGCCUCUUGCUGCUGUUGGAAAACUAAUACCUGUACCAGAUACUCCCUUGCACAAGUUCUUUCCAAGAAGAUUUUUUGGACGUACAAAUUCGUCAAGUCAACCAGCUUAAGGCAUGAGCUUUUUACAGGAUUGCCAUGAAGCCGUCUUUAUACGAAGCCACCUGUUUACUCCUUUUGUGGCUUAUAGGAUGACACAAAUUAACACGGACAUUAACAUACAGUUUUAUCAAGACAGGUUUUUGGCAGCAAAAUUUCUUUCCAAGGGUUUUUGAAUUUGUUUGUUUCUUUUUUUAACAAAUACUUGGGCCAUUUUGCUGUUUCGGUUUUACUGUGUUUGUACAGAAUUUUUUUUUAUUCCAAAUUAAAUGCUUAUAUUCUGAUAUUAUUCCUACACUUGCGGGGCCAACUUGGAUGUUUUGUUCUAUCAAUGGUUGUCAAACUUGUUAUCAGCAACAAUGGAAAAUACAGAAAGAGAACAAAUAAAAAAAAUUGAAGGCC